CUGCCUUUAAAACAUGGUGCAUGUGUGGCUUGAAAACAAACAUUCCCUUCAUCACAUGGACAGUAAAAGGGGAGGGACUGAGGGAGGAACCAAACUUUGGAAAUUUACCUAAAGUCAUAGCCAGGAAGGGCAAGGUGCCAAAAUUUUUUUGUUAGUGUGAAUCCUGUUUAUGUGAGACAAUAAAACCACAAUUUAAGGUUGUGCACCUUGUGAUUCUGGCUCCUAUGUAGCAAAGUAUCACUUUCAUUAUUUGUCAUAGUCUUGUGAUUGUGUUUUAUGCUGAAAGACAGCAUUCAAAUGCACAGUUUUUGUGCACAAAAUAACAUUUUAAAAAUACUAUAUGCAUAUUAUAAUAUAUUUGAAUCAGUCUUAUUUAGGAAAUGUAGCUUUCUCACAACCUCCAAUUGUAAUUAAUCUGGCGUUGCCUAUAUUUGAUAAUCAGUUGUAGUGUCUGCCUCCAUGUAACCUUUUAAAAUGUGUGUAACUACCUUAUGUAUCAGCUCACUGCUCUUGAUUUCUUACUGUAAAAUGAGAGGCAUCUUUUUCCUCUGAAGUUGAACAAUGACACUGCAUGCAAAGACUUUAUUCUUCUAAGCUGAACUGAAUCUAAUAUUUGAAUGUUCUGACACCAAUGGAGUCAUUUUAUCAGAGCCACAGUACAAUGGGCUCUUUAGGAAAUGUCAUACAAUAGACCUGGAAAAGUCAUCUGACUCAAACAUCAUGGAAAACACAACCAAAACAGUGGAUACCACUUCCCUGACCGGCUCCGUGGAUUUAGAGGAACUUCAUACAUAUUUAUGGGAUGACUACAUGUAGAGAUUCAUACCUUAAAAUUUCCGGUUGUUGCUGUAUCAUAUACCAGUGUUUACAGAGCUUUGUCGCCCUCUAAAGGACACACACUGUUGGUUGGCUGUCCUGAUCAUGUGACGGGAUGAGGCAAUUACUGGAAAUAAAAAGUGACAUCAUCAGCCUUGGAAAGUUACUAGCUCCUCUCCUACGAUGACCAAAAACCUCACAUGUUUUCUCAUGAAAUUCCCCACAUCCUGUCCCCUGAUUGAUCCUGCAGACCACACCUAAAACACAUACAGACUUGUAGGAUGUAGGAAUGUUUUUUACAACAUAUUGUGAAGCAUCUUUUCAUAUGCAUAUGAUGGGGAGAUUAUGUCCUGUGCAGAUUAAGUGUUUGAUUCUAGGCAUACAUUUCUACUCUUUUCAAGACAUGCUCAUCCUGUAGUAUAAUGAAAAAUGUCAGCUUGAAAACUGCAAAAACUACCAAAACUCUAAUAUAUACACUCCUAUUCAAAUAGCAGCAAACCUAUUAAUAUUAACACCUGCAUGACUACAUUUUUCUUAAGGUCAUUAAAAGGCAUCAUAAGACAAUUACAACUGUAUAUAAAAUGUAAUUAAGCUCAAUAAAACCUCUCUUCACGUGCAGUGCUAGUGAAUUUGUAUCAAAUUCUUAUGUUAUUACUAAAUUAUCAGGAAAAAAAAUUCAUUGAAAUGUCAGAUAUGUGGUCCAAUAGCAACUGUAUGUCCGGUUUGUUACAGAGAAGAAAAGAAUGUUUAACUAGGAAGUAAUAAUUGUUGCAACAUACAACGAAACUGAAGUCAGACCAACACAUGUCAUAAAUGAGUGCAGUGUUGUCAGAGGCAAUUACUAUAAUGGGUUAGAGAUUUCCAUGAACUACAUCUGAUUUCUUGGAAUACUUAGACGUUUUUUUGAAUACAAAACCUUACAAUACAUUAAUAUGAUACAUUUAUAACACUUAUAUUACAUAUUUAUAUACAUGAUGUAUAUUGUCACUUGAAACUGGAAAUGGGGUUGAUGAAGAUUAGAGAAUCUGUGGGUAGGUAAUGUGAAUUUCCAGAUUUAGAUUUGAUUUAGGAUGACGCUUUGAUUGACAACAUCUUUACAUUUUCUAAAUAUAUUUCUAGAGCAGAAACUGUAAUGUGGGUUAAAGAAGAUCUGUUUAUGAACUGCACCAGAUAUGCUAUGGUUUAACUGACAUUAACUAGUGCAUACGUUUAGAUUUUGUUUUUGUCAGGGUUAAGCUUAUGUUAUGUACAACACAACAAUAUAUUGUUUUGUUUCAAAACUACAUCUCUCCAUUCUUGGAGCAGGAGACAGAGCCGCCCUUCUUCCUCUCCUCCGUGCACUUCAGGCUCAGCUGCCUCUGCUCCACCACACUUGGUCAGACAUGGCAGGCCAUCAAAAAAUCAACUUGUUCCCACUCCACCUGUUCAAAACACUAUUAAUCUACUGCCUUCCAAUAAAAGGCUUGGCUUUCAGGGAGCAGCCAAUAGGAGGGCAAUAAAGCGGAGAGACCCAGGCCAAUCCCAGGCUGCAUUCUAAUGUGGCCUAUCUUUAUCAAGGUGCCACUCCAUUUUCAGAUACUGCUUAUUUAUGAUUACUGAGGGGAGAGCCGGCAGGAGGCACAUUAGAAGAACACUAAAAAUCAGUGUCCAGAGGGCUUGCCUGAGACUUCAGAUAUGGGAUUAUCACAGACCACACUGUGGCUGAGAAGAGGUGUAUCUGCUGCUACACUGUUUCUGAUGUGAUAGCAACUUUGGCAAACACCAGGGACUUUGUUAAAAUUGCUAUUAGCACUCUUAAUUACUUGAAUAUCUGGGGACGGUGGCUGGGAUCCCAGAUUCAGGCAUUGCCUGUGGGUGAGAGAACUCCUUGUGGGCCCAUCAGAGGUCUUUUCCUGCCUGGAUCUUGUUGGAUGUGUUACUGAGACCUGGAGGCAGAGUUACAGUACUCCCCAUGGAUCCAAACAUCCAGGGGUCUUUCCUGUUCAACAACAGCCUGAACCAGUUCCCCUCGGACCUCAAGGCACCAGUGUGCCAGUACUCAGUGCCCAACUCUUUCUACAAGCUCAACCCGGGCCUCAACAGCCAGCUGCAGGCAGGGACCCCUCACGGCAUCAGCGACAUCCUGAGCCGCUCCAUGAUGGGGAUGGGCUCCACGGGCACAACCACCCUGCUGUCCGGAUACUCCACCAUGGGGGGGUUCGGCCCCUCCGUCACCGGCACGUCCAUGUACUAUAACCGAGACUACAACUCCAACCUGGGCGGCUUCUCCAAACCCAGCGCCGAGUGCCCCAUGAAGGGUCGCAGUGUGAGCUGCUGGGCGGAGAGCGGCUGUGACUGGAGAGGAGGGAGGCAGCAGUGCACCAACAGUAAUGGUCCUCUGGGGGAGAUGUCAGGCAGGAAGAAACACACCAGGCCAACAUUUAGUGGACAUCAGAUAUUCGCUCUGGAGAAAACAUUCGAGCAGACCAAGUACUUGGCCGGGCCUGAGAGAGCAAGACUGGCUUAUUCUCUGGGCAUGACUGAAUCACAAGUCAAGGUGUGGUUUCAGAACCGACGCACCAAGUGGAGGAAGAAGAGCGCCUCAGAGCCAAGCUCCACGCAGGCCAGCCACGCAGGGCAGGGCGGGGAGGCCUCGGAAAACGAGGUGGAGGACGAGGAGUACAACAAGCCUCUGGACCCCGACUCCGACGACGACAAGAUCCGACUGCUGCUGCGCAAACACCGCAGGGCUUUCUCCGUCCUGCGCCUCGGGCCGCACCAAGUCUGACAGACUUAAUACGCGCGCACACACACACGCGCGCACACACACACACACACACACACACACACACACACACACACACACACACACACACACACGCUUCUCAGCAGGCCUGCAUGCUGUAAUAAAAGUUAUUAGUUUUGAAUACAAAGUUUAAUGAAUGAGCAUUUAAGCAUGUUCAGAAGAGGUCAUUUGUGGUCAUCCAACAAAAAGGGUUCAGCAGACAAACAGGCUGUUAAAAAUUAAGCUAAAAAGACGUUUACUUUUAUAAGUUACUGUAAGAAAUGAUCUCUGGUCUGUUUAAUGUGACACUGGUAUGUGGGGAGGGGGGGAUUAUGUCUGACACAUUGUUUUGUAAAAACACAAGAAAAUGACAUAAAAAACUGCAUGAUGCUA